AGGAGGUUGACAGGCCAGAUUAUUUGCUUCUCAAGCUGGGCUUCCUGUUUUGGGUCAAUCACAUCCAGGUAACGAUUCUUCUUGCAAGGUGAUCCAGGUGUCGGGCAAGAAGCCAAUACAAAGGGAAUCAUCGUACUAUCACAAGAUGCUCACUUGCAGAAUUCUUAGCCUGCUGAUGGCUUGCGUAAGCCUCAUCUGUCUACUAAUGGCUCUGGUGACUGACUAUUGGCUAGUGGUCUAUGGAGGAAAGGAUAUAGCUCACAGUGGACUCUGGAAGACAUGCAUAGCAGGACGCUGCUUUGCACCCACUGCGCCUUAUGAUUACAUUGUGGCCACCCGCGCGUUCCUGAUCUUAGCCUCCCUGGCAGCUCUGGCAUCCUCUGUUUCUCUUAGUGCUUCAUUCACACAAUGCACCCUCUACAACGUGCGGGGUUCUUUCAUCGGUUCCAUUACUGCUUUUGCGGCUGGACUAUGCACGCUUAUUGCUGUUGCUGUGUAUGUGGCAGAAUCCUGGGAAAACAGUGACUCCAGUAUCCAGCAGACUUACGAGUGGUCAUUCUACCUAGCAUGGGCGGCAUUUCCCAUGCUUCUAAUGGCUGGUAUAUUCAGCCUUCUUCUGCACCUCCGCUCGCCAGCUCCCGGCUACGGGAACAUAUGAGCCCUCGAAAGCACUGAAGCCGAUGUAAGAAACUUUGCAGUGGAGACACAGCACAACCAUAACGACGACAACCAGUUCCAGGCUCCUGGAACAUCCUUGAUGCUAUCUUGCUUUUUAUCCUGCCUCUCCUCCAAGGUGCAGAGCGGCUGAGAACCAUCCUGGACUGACUACAAUACACAAACA